AUUUCCCACAAUCCACCGGGAGAGCGUUAAGGCGCGUUUUGCUCGCAGAUGUGAGCAGGGUGGACGAGGCUGCAUGAGUACAGAUACUUGCUGGCUCUGUGGGACAAGGCGCCUGUUUUUACGAGAUUUUCCCCCCCGUUUGGACUGCUGCUAUGGCUCCGUACAGCUUCAGUGUGAGCCUGCUGGUGAAGUCCUUCAGCCUGCUCUCCUGCAGGAACUCUCUGGCAAGGUGGACCAGUGUCCUCCCAUCCACAUACUUCAGUCCAGUGAGAUGCCUGACCUCUGAGGCCAGCUGUCCACCGAAGAGACCUCUGAAUGGAUACAUGCGAUAUGUUCAGCAACAGAAACCAAUCAUGGCCAACCAAAACCCAGAAAUUAAAGCAGUGGAACUAGUAAGGAAGAUUGCCCAGCAGUGGAGAUCAAUGAGCCCAGAACAGAAACAGCCAUUUGAGGAAGCCUUUCUCCGGGCCAUGGAACAGUUCAAGGUGGAUCUAAAGCGCUAUCAAGCCCAGCUGACUCCAGCACAGCUGCAGCAACAAGCCCAAGAGAAAAGACGGAGGAUGGCUAAGAGGAAGACCAUCCGGAAGAAGAGGGAGUUAACAAACCUGGGGAAGCCCAAACGUCCGCGCUCUCCUUUCAACAUCUUCAUGUCAGAGCACUUUGAGGAGGCUAGAGGAGCUACAUCUCAGGCAAAGAUGAAGUCACUGUUGGAGGACUGGAGGAAUCUUUUCAGCCAUCAGAAACAGGUGUACACACAGCUCGCUGAGGAUGACAAAAUUCGCUACAAGAAUGAGAUGAAGUCAUGGGAGGACCACAUGGUGGAGAUUGGACGAGAAGACCUGAUCCGAGAGCAGACCCUGUCUGCCAAAAAGAAACCCGCUGCUAAAGCUCCAGCAGCCAAGAAAGUAACAAAGAAGGCUAAAACUGAGAAGAAAGCCGCUGCCACAGCAAAGUCAAAAACCACCAAGAAGACGACAAAAAGCAGAUCAGCAAAAACUGUCAGCCAGGCGUCCAAGAAGACAUAAGAUGUUUAUCUAGUGAGUUCAGAGGUGAUGACUGUGACAUCUCAAGACAGGACUUGUGAUUGCCCAGGACUAGGAUCAGCCUCGUUUGUUCUCUAACUUGAAACCCACAAAGUUCCCAGAAUGCUCUUUAGGUUCAACAGGACAAAGAUUUCAUAACAUUCAGACAGAUCAGGAUCAUUGAUGUCUCUGUACAGUGGAAAUGACUCCAAAUAAACCCUGAUGGCAGGAUUUUUAAAAGGUACAGUGCGAAUUUGUUAGUGCCUCCCGGUGAAAUCCUCAGACUGUUCCAGGCCUAGAUGGAGUAAUAAAUGUAAUAAAAUAUGAUUGCAGAAGUUUGACUGAGGCUUUAAAUGUGUAAGAGGCAAAUAAAGUCAAACUGGCUUUGGAGCUUUGACUUGAACCACUGAAUAUUUGAGGGGAAUAGAAAGGUUCCUGUUGCCGUCCCAGAAUACCUGCAGUUUUAUAUUUUUGGUCAUAUAAUCCAGAAUAUUAAUGUUGGCAGCAGUUCUAGUGUUAUUCUGCAUUUUCUAUUAUUUCAACAAAUCCACAAAAAGUCAGACACCAACAAUGUGUUAGUCUCAGUGGCCACGAGUCCAGUGAUUCCACCUGAACACGUAAAUAUCUUGGACAGGUUUGUUGUGAAAAAGGUUCAGGAAGAAAUCAGUUGGUCAUUAUAAUUUAGCGCAGUAGCUUAGCAGGAGGAAGCAGUACAUUGAGGCCUGGAGCAGCAGGAUGGUAUGUGAGAGCUCUGGAGACAAACACACUGUCACUUUUGGUCUUUUUGUGUGGUAUGUUGACAUUAACCUGUUGACUCUCAGCAGCUUUUAAAAAACAAAUUUGUAACAUUUUCUUUCGAUUGCACUUGUUAGAUCAAAGUACCGCUGUUCACAAAAAAGAAGCCUGACUGAAUUCUACUGUUAUUACUGUCACAAAUGUAACAUAAGCUUCAGUAGCAACCUCAAAAUGUGAAGUCCUGCUGUCGUCACGACAAAAGAAACGUUAUCAAAUGACAGAGUUUGAAACUGUGGGUCGCUCAUCGCGCUCAAGAUAAGAUGUUUUAGACUUAUCCGCUUUAAAGGGAUUCAGCCAACAUCAGUUUAAACAAAAACCCACAUUUGGUCUGUUUGGUAAUUAUGAAGAGCAUACCUUUAGUAUUGAUAUUUGCUUCAACUGGUAGAAUUACAGUACUUCGUGCUAUCAUAGAUCCUGCUUUACCUACAACCUCUUUCCUUUGUAUGGUGUAUUUUCUGAAUAAACAUUCAUAUGAAAUUUU